UAUCCUCUCACACCUGACAUCAAGCCGAUCAAACACUGAUUUAAACACUCGUAUCUUCUCUAGUCUCUGAUCAUGUCAUGAUUCAGUUUAUUUCUGUGUAAACUAACACCAUUGACCAACAGGAAGUUGUGGGAGACAGGAGCUAAAAGUGACAAAGAAAGUGUGACUAAAUAAGGAAGAAUUGAGCUGGAGGACAUGGUUUAACACUUCCAGCCGACAGUAGAGUUUCUCUUAAUUUUACUACAGAUCAGUCUCUCAUCAGCUCAUCUGUCAUUUUAUUACUGAACCAGUUCUGAAGAGUUUGUCUUCAUAUUUGUGAACUGAAAUCAAUGAAGAUGUUUCACAGAUUCUGGUUCUGUUUGUGUUUCUGGCGUCUGGUUGGUGUGUUUGGUGAAACAUUCGUGAAAAUUGGACAUUCAGUCACUCUUAACUCUGGUCUUUCUGAAAUGAUGGAUAAUGAUCUGAUUCGGUGGAAGUUUGAAUAUGGUCUAAUCGCUGAAAUCAAUGUGACGGCCGACAGAUUCUCUGUAUAUGAUGAUGUUCCUGACGGGAGAUUCAGAGACAGACUGAAGCUGGACAAUCAAACUGGAUCUCUGACCAUCACAAACUUCACAUUUGAACAUGCUGGAGAUUAUUCAGUAUAUAACAACACUGUGAGCAAGAGAUUCUGGCUCAGUGUCUAUGAUGAAAUAUCAGUGAAGGAGGGAGAUUCAGUCACUCUGAACUCUGAUCUUACUGAAAUAGAUUAUGAUCGGAUUCGGUGGAGGUUUGAAGACAGUUUAAUAGCUCUAAUCUAUAAAUGGGAUGACAGUGUCACUGUAUUUGAUGAUGUUCUUGACGGGAGAUUCAGAGACAGACUGAAGCUGAACAAUCAAACUGGGUCUCUGACCAUCACAGACAUCAGAACUGAACAUGCUGGACGUUAUGAACUCAUGAUCUACCGUAUGAGCAGAAUGAGGAAAACGUUCUUUCUCAAUGCUGUCAAUGAAGAAAUAUCAGUGAAGAAGGGAGAUUCAGUCACUCUGAACUCUGAUGUUACUGAAAUAAUGAAUGGUGUUUCAAUAGAGUGGAGGUUUGGAGCUGAAAUCACUUUAUUAGCUGAGAUCAGUAGAUGGACCAAUGGAUUCUCUGUAUAUGAUGAUGUUCUUGAUGAGAGAUUCAGAGACAGACUGAAGCUGAACAAUCAAACUGGAUCUCUGACCAUCACUAACAUCAGAACUGAACAUGCUGGACGUUAUUAUCUACAUAUAGUACCAACACAUUUAAAUCUAAACCAGUCAUUAAAAGCUUUCAGUGUUUCUGUCUCUGGUGAGAAGAGAUCAUGAGUCCUGUUCUUCAAAUAUUCUUGAUAUUAAUGUUUAUUGACUGAUCUGAUCUCAGUUUGGUGUUUUUAUUCCUCAGACUCUGUCCACUCUUGUGGUUCUACUGAAGCUGUGAUCCGAUUGGUCCUCUCUGCUCUGGUGGGCGUGGCUACUGUCAUUCUUCUGGUUUAUGACAUCAGAUCCAGAAGAGCUGAACAAGAUCAAACACAGAUUCACACAUCAGGUGCAUGUUCUUAACAGGAAUUUAAAUCUGAAGGAGACGCUGAACUUUAAAACUUCUUCAAGUGUGUUUUGUGUGGUUUGUCAUAUUAAUAUAGAUUAUUAAUUAUAUCAGGCUUUCAUAUUUGAUUCAGGGUUUAAGGGCUUUUAAAAUGUAAUUGUCUAAUAAUGUUUUUAUUGUACAGAUGCAGUUUAAAAGCUUGUUGAUUAUAU